UCACUCCGGUAAAGAUGGCGGCGUGCAGCGGCCGCGCGGCCCUGUGGAGGACAAGUAGUCUGCUCAGACCCAGCCCGGGACCCGGAGCCCCGGGGCUCCUCGCCGGCCUCUUCCGGCCUCAGAGCUCCGCCGGCGGGGACCCGCUGCCCCGCACCUCGCUGUCCAGCCCGCCCUGGCCGCAGCGGGCCGCCCCGGAGCCGGCGGAGGAGGAGGAGGAGCGCAGGCGGCAGGCCGCCGUGGUCAGCUCCGUGCGGCGGAGCAUCGAGCGGCGGGACUACGGCCGGCUGUUCGCCGUGGUGCACUUCGCCGGGCGCCAGUGGAAGGUGACGGACCAGGACCUGAUCCUGGUCGAGAACCACAUCGAGGCGGAGUGCGGGGACCGGAUCCGGAUGGAGAAGGUGCUGCUGCUCGGCGCGGAGGACUUCACGCUGGUCGGGAGGCCGCUGCUGGGGAAGGAUCUGGUCCGGGUCGAGGCCACCGUGCUGGAGAAGACCGAGUCCUGGCCCAAGGUCCACAUGGUGUUCUGGAAGAGGCACCGGCACCAGAGGAAGAAGAUCAGCGUGCAGCCGCAGACCGUGCUGAGGAUCAACAGCAUCCAGCUGGCCCCUGCUCUGUCCUGAACACACACAGAACUGCUCUGACUGCAAGCCAUCAGCUGUUUCUGAUGCUGUAAAUGUUGAAUCUGCUUUAUAUAUUAAAAGGUUUGUCUUUCCAGUCUGUUCUGAAGGAUCUGGCUGAUUUUUCUUGAUUUAGGGGUUGAAGCAGAUGUCAAACAUCUGGCCCGCGGGCCCACACCUGCCAGUCAGAGAAUCCAGCCUGGGUUUUCUCCCAUUCUGAGCAGGAAACGAUUCCCUGUGUUUGCUGUGUGACCGGGUAGGCCGAGGCCUCAGGUUAUAUCACAAACUGACAGCUCUGGUGUUUCAGUCUCAAUGACAAUUAAAUGAUGGUUUGAAAUGGGUUUGCACAGAUUAUUUAUUUUAGAAAUGUUAAAAAGUUAGCAUCAAUUAUUCAUAUCUGACCAGAUGUGUGACUAGUUUCAGCAUAGGCGUUCAAAACUGACUGCUAACCAAUGUUUUAUAUAUAUAUUUCAGGAACAGUGGAACACUUUAAAAAGUGGCUUGACUUUGUUAACCUUGCAUAGCAGAUGGGCCUGCCUGAUUCAGUUCCUGAAUCCUGCAGAUCCCAGACUUGUGUAAUAUUUCCGUGGCGGACAUAUGAAACUGUCCAUCUGGCGUGUCAGGUUAUGACUUUGUGCCUCAUAGAACAAAUCUGUUUUCACUGCUGUAUCUGUAAACUCUUGCAUGUCUCAAAAUUUAAAGACAUGAUUUCAGUACCUUUAACCAGGAGGCAUCGGUCACAACAGUAUUAUGGCGAAAAUAUGACUUUCUCAAACCAGACGUUACUGUCAUAUGCUUGCAGAUACAACGCUGUCAAUGAACAGAAGAGAAAUACUUUAUUUCCAGAGAUAAAUUCCUUCCAGCAUCGUGCAAUAGAAUAAAGAGAAAAGAAAAUUAUACAUCAAAUAAGACAGAAAAAAAUCUAAUAAGUGGUUGUAAAUAAUACGGACAAGGACUUGUCGGCAGGUCUUCAGUUUGGAUCCACAUUGAAGGACGGGGAAAUUAAUCGUACCGAUUAGCUCAGCUCAAAGCCCUCGGUUAGUUCAAAUUAUUGUCUUGCUCAGUGCGUUAUUCAGAAAGUAGCAUAUCUGUUUCCCUCUGGCUGGUUCUGCCUGCGUUGUUUACUACACUGGAAUGAUUUUAAUUAGUUUGACCGUCGUGACAUUCUUUAACACUUUAACGCCGUGAUGAGAAUUAGUUCCGGCUACACGGCGGCAGUUCGGAGUUCUGACAGCCAGUUUAAAUGUAGGAGUGCUGCGCUUAAAAAUAAUAAUACAUUUUCAUUUGAGGAAUUUGUGCUCAUCGACCGCCUCCUCUUGCUCACCGGAACACUUUCAAGUCGGACCGGAAGUGCCUUCGCCGUCCUUCAGCAAAUCGGCUCCGCCGGCAGUGAGCAGUCAGCCGCCGCCAGCUGAGUCUGAGCAGAGUUCAGAUUUUAUAAUCGUGGCUCUGUGAGCGAAGGAGCUAAAGCUAAAGCUAGCGCUAGCCACCACAGCCUGGAUUCCUCUCAGAUAUGAAGAGAAACUUAUGAGAAAUUGACAUUUGUCCAGAAUGUAAGAUCAGGUCAUACAUUUGAAAUUAUAAAAAAAAAAAAAUUCCCUUAACGAUUUA